UCCUCGUUGUCAGAGCUAGCUAUCCGGCUGUGCCGAUGUUUAGCUGAAGAAUCUUUUUAACGUUGAGCAUUUUGGACUCGGUAUCUUGAACCCUGCGGGAGGACGGACGGACAGAGCGGACGGAACACCGACAGCAACGUUGUUACCGCUCUCCACAACCAGCAGUGUCCGCUCUAACGUUGGAUUAACGGGAGGACCGCCCGAAGACUUAUGCGGUCCUGCUAGCAGGGCAACAUGUUCAACAAGUCAUUUGGUACUCCCUUCGGUGGAGGGACGGGGGGGUUUGGCACCUCAUCGACCUUUGGACAGCAGAACGCAGGUUUUGGGACGACGGGAGGCUUUGGGACGUCCGCGUUCGGGACCACCACCAACGCUGGAGGACUGUUUGGUGCCACACAGAAUAAACCUGGCGGUCUGUUUGGGGCCAGUACGUUCAGCCAGCCAGCAACUUCCUCCACCAGCACCGGCUUCGGUUUCGGUGCAGCGAGCGGCACCACAACUAGCCUGUUUGGCAGCACUGGAACCGGCACCACCGGCGGACUCUUCUCCCAGCAGAACAAUGCCUUCGGUGCCAGCAAACCCACCUCUUUCGGAAAAGUCUCCCUCACAUCGUGUCCUCCAGGCUUUGGGACAAGCACCAGCAGCGGCGGGCUGUUUGGGUCCACCAACACCGCCUCCAACCCCUUCGGUGGAACGCCCUCGCUGUUCGGAGGCUCCGGGUUCUCCGCUGCGCAGCAGCCAGGAACCACCGUAAAAUUCAAUCCUCCAACAGGAAGUGACACAAUGGUGAAAGCAGGCGUGACCACGAGCAUCAACACCAAGCACCAGUGCAUCACAGCCAUGAAGGAGUACGAGAAUAAAUCUCUGGAGGAGUUGAGGCUCGAGGACUACCAGGCAGGCAGGAAGGGCCCGACCAAUCCGAUGGCUGCGGGGACAGGAAGUCUGUUCGGACCGGCCACAGCCACAUCCAGCGCCACCACCGGCCUGUUCGGCUCCUCUGCCCCCAACACCAGCUUCUCCUUCGGACAGAACAAGAGCACCUUUGGAGCAGCAACAGCAGCAGCCCCCGGUGGGUUCGGCACAGCCACAGGCGGUCUGUUCGGUCAGCCGACCCAGCAACAAGCCGGCAGCCUCUUCAAGCCGUUCGGUCAGGCCACGACCACACAGAGCACCGGCUUCUCCUUCGGCAACACCAACACUAUGGGACAGGCCCCCGCCAGCAGCAUGGGUUUGUUUGGAAACACGGCGGCGUCUCAGACGAGCGGGUUGUUUGGCGCCGCUCAGACGAGCACUGCCACCGGCUUUGGGGCGGCCACCGGGCUGUUCGGCCAAACCAACACUGGAUUUGGAAACGUCGGCACUCAGCAGAGUUUAUUCGGGAAUAAGACUGCCGGGUUCGGUGCCACAACCACCAGCGCCGCCCCGUCCUUCGGUACCGGCACUGGGUUGUUUGGCAACAAGCCGGCCCUCACACUGGGGACCGGAACCAACACCUCCACCUUCGGUUUUGGUGCAAACCCUGCUGGAGGGAGUCUGUUUGGGAACAAGCCAGCAACUGGAGGACUGGGAGCUGGACUGGGAACCAGCUUCGGCACAGCAGUCGGCACAGGGCAGACGUCUCUGUUUGGGAAUAACCAGAACAAACUGGGGACCACACUGGGAACGAUGGGAACGUUCGGAACAGCCGGGUUCAACACUGGAACCAGCACCCUGGGCUUCGGAGCUCCACAGCAACCCGUUGCGCUCACAGAUCCAAAUGCGGCGGCGGCCCAGCAGGCCAUGCUUCAGCAGCAGCUCAGCGUUCUGGCGUACUCGCCAUACGGAGACUCUCCGCUGUUCAGAAACCAGCUGUCGGACCCCAAGAAGAAAGAGGAGCGUCUGAAACCGACCAAUCCGACAGCCCAGAAGGCUCUGACCACACCCACUCACUACAAGCUGACCCCUCGACCCGCGACCAGGGUCCGCCCCAAAGCGCUGACAUCAUCAGGGGCCUCCAAGUCUCAGCUGUUCGACGGCCUCGAUGACGACGAGCCCUCACUCACCAACGGCGCCUUCAUACCCAGGAAGAGCAUCAAGAAACUUGUGCUGAAGAACCUGAACAGCAGUCAGUACAACAGUCCAAUCAACAAAGAGACAGACGACCUUGCUUCACCUUCAGAGUAUCCGCAGAACGGACACAGUCACCUGGACGAUGAGGAGGAACUGAGGGAGGUGCCGGGGCCCAGCAGCCGGCCAGACGACGACCCGGAGGUCACCCAGUUCUAUGUCAACCCCAUCGCCAAGCCGAUCCCGCAGGGCCGCGCCCAGACCAGCCUGCAGGACACCAUCAGCGACCUGAACAUGCACAAACCGGCCAGGAACGGACUGGAGCUGAGCAGCGAGGACAUGUCGGCAUCUCUGGGGGAGGAGUCUUUGCAGGAGGAGAGAGAGGAGGAGCAGCAGGAGUCCCAGCAGUCUCCUCACCCAGCAGGUAUCGUUCUGAACCGUGUCGGCUACUACACCAUCCCCUCCAUGGAGGAUCUGGCUGACAUGGUGGACGAAAACGGCGAGUGUGUGGUGGAAAACUUCUCUGUUGGCAGGAAAGGCUACGGCUCCAUCUUCUUUGCCGGCGAGAUAAACGUGACGGCACUGAACCUGGAUGAGAUCGUCCACUUCAGACGCAAAGAGGUCAUCGUGUACCCGGACGACAAAAACAAGCCGCCAGAAGGGGAGGGGCUCAACAGGCGAGCGGAGGUGACUCUGGACGGCGUUUGGCCAAACGACAAGACCACCUGCAGUCAGAUCCGGAGCCCCGAGCGCCUGACCGAGAUGAACUACGAGGGCCGUCUGGAGAAAGCCUCACGCAAACAGGGAGCCCGUUUCCUGGAGUACAGACCUGAGACCGGAUCCUGGGUGUUCGAGGUGGCCCAUUUCUCCAAAUAUGGCCUCCAGGACUCGGACGAGGAGGAGGACGUCCCGCUUAAAACCGACCCCAAGAAGCUGAAGACGACGAUGUCACUUCCUCCCUCCAGGCUGCAGCAGCAGCAGCAGCUUCCCCCCUCCCAGCAGCAGGUGGCGCCACAGGCUCAGUCCACUGUUGUCGUGGAUCUUCCGGGUGGCGUCGCGGAGCUGGACAGCGACAUGGCUGACAUCACCCAGAACUUCCCGAUGGACAGCAUGCUGGGAGGCGAGGAGGACAGCGGCGAGCUGUUGGCGGGGGAUAUGGACGUGUUGGGCGGGAAGCUCGGAGGUUUGAUCUCCACGGAGCACGACGGCGUCUCUGCGUCCAGCCACAUGGCGUCCUCGCUGGGCAUCAACCCGCACACCCUGCAGAUCAUGAAGGCAUCUCUGUUCGCUGAGGAUGAGGAGGAGAGCGACAUGUUCCAGAACCACGGAGCGAUGAAGGUCUCCACUGACGUCUCGUCCCCUCGCCUCGUCCUGCCGGGAGCUCAGAGCCGACCCUCAGUCGGUGGUCUCCUUCAGGCUCGUUUUACCUCGGGCCUCCUCUCUCAGCUGUCAGACUCUCCUCGCCCCCCUCUCCUUCCACACACUCUGUCCCGGGGGUCUCCGGCGGCUGUCGAACCCUCGCGUCCGCUACACUGGGCGGGGCCGGGCCCUUCCAACUUCCUGCUGGCUGCUAGAACUCCAGAGCCUGCGGUCAGGACGGUCGGUGUCCGGCGGCUGGGCGGGCCCGUCCCCCUCAAAGAGUCUGUCACUCAGGGGAAGGGGAGUUUGUGGAUGGACGCCGGGCUGUUUGCGGGUCGUUCCUUUCGGGUGGGGUGGGGUCCCGGCUGGACGCUGGCGCACUGUGGCCAGCGGCUGAGCUCCCCGACGGAAAAACAGCUCGAGCACCAAGAGCUCACAGCCAGAACCGACUUCAGCUUCCUGCCCAAACCUGCCAGAAACAAACCUCUGAUAGAGAGCUCCUACAAGGUGGUCCUGGAGCAGCUGGUGGGUCUGGAUCCUCCGGCAGCAAAGGGCAGUGAGGAGGAGGACGACGACGAUGAGGAGAGCCAGGCGGUGCUGCAGCGCCCCCUGGAGAUCUGUCUGAAGCACAGCACCGUCGACACCCCGGACACCUCCGCCUGCCCUCUGGUCCGACCGCAGCCCGGCGUGGCGGCGCUGCACGAGUACGCCGAGUGGAUCACCGAACUGAAUGACAAGCAGGGAGACGUUGAUCCCCUCCUGGGUUACUGGUCCGAGGUCUGGACCCUGUGCGAGGCCCUGUGGGGUCGGUUGGGCCCCACAGAUCAGGAGCCGGACGUGGAGAUGCCCGGCGAGUACGAGCAGCAGCUGGAGAGGAGGAGGACCUUCUCGGCCUGGCUGUCCCGCGGGGCCACCUGCAGGGUGGAGGAGGAGGUGGCGCUGGCGGGGAAGGGCAGCCACACGGAGGCCAUCUUCAGCUACCUGACAGGCAACCGCAUCAGCGAGGCGUGUCGGCUCGCACAGAAGGAAGGAGACCACCGUCUGUCCCUACUGCUGUCUCAGGCCAUGGGCUCUCAGUACUGCCGGGACCUGCUGGCCCUUCAGCUCGCCGACUGGAACCGCAUGCAGACCGACUGCUAUCUGCCCGAGGAGCGCCUGCGCAUCUUCGCUCUGCUCGCCGGGAAACCUGUGUGGCAGUCGUCUGAGUCUGUGGUGAACGUGUGCUCUGAGUUGGACUGGAAGCGCUGCGUAGCUGUCCACCUCUGGUUCAUGUUGCCUCCGACCGCCUCGGUGGCCGACGCCCUCGCCAGAUAUGAGGCCGCCUUCCAGGGCUCGUGUGAGGGGGGGAAGUACGCCUGCGCCCCCCUGCCCCCGUACCUGGAGGCGGAGCAGCCGGACCUGGAGGAUGAAGAAGAGGAGGAGUCUAAACGGCCACUGCACGACCUCUGCUUCCACCUACUCAAACUGUACAGCGACAGACACUACAGCCUGCAGCAGCUCUUGGACCCUCUGACCGUCACCUGGGAGCGUCUGGACUACCGUCUGAGCUGGCACCUGUGGGGCGUCCUGCAGGCGCUGCACUACAGCCACCUGAGCGCCUCGCGCCAGGGCCUCCUCCACGCCAGCUACGCCGCGCAGCUGGAGAGCGCUGGCCUCUGGCACAUGGCCAUCUUCAUCCUGCUGCACAUCCCGGACCACACUCAGCGGGAGCGAGCGGUGAGGGACAUGCUGACCCUCCACUGCCCCCUGCAGGAGACGGACGAGUCAGUCCGGAGGGAGCGCUUCCUCACCGAGAGGCUGUUGAUCCCGGAGCAGUGGAUCCACGAGGCCAAGGCCACCAGAGCCCGCCGCGACGCCGACCGACACCAGGAGGCCUUGCACCUGUACCGGGCCGGAUACUGGAGCCAGUGUCACCGGCUGCUGAUCCAACACCUGGCCUCAGAUUGCAUCAUCAACGACAACCACGACUACCUGCUGGAGUUCCUGGAGGGGCUGGCGGUCCCUGAACACAGCGCCACCAUCCAGGACUGGGACACCGCAGGGAGGGUUUACCUGGACUACAUCCGAGUCAUAAAGACCCUGCAGGACAUCCAGCAGAUGGAGAACGCCGGUUACGAGCUGGAGCGUCUCCACACCAACGUGACGUCUCUGUGCAGCAGAAUCGAGCUCCUGCCCUGCAGCACCGCCAGAGACCGCCUCGCCCAAUCAGAAAUGGCGAAGCGUGUGGCCAACAUCCUGCGCGCGGUGCUGAGCCUGCAGCAGGGCGACGCGGCGUCCGACUCCCUCAGCAUCCCGCUCGCCCAGCUGGCGCCGCACAUCGCCCGCCUGCCGAUGCCGGAGGAUUACACGCUGGAGGAGCUGCGAGGCCUCACGCAGUCGUACCUGCGGCAGCUCAUCGUCAGCCAAUGAGAGCGCAGAACAGUCGGGAGCUGCUCGAACAUCAUGAAAUCUCUGACGCAGAAAAGUUUUCCACAAAGAAGAAAAAAAGGAGCAAAACUUUUGAGGAGUCUUGACUUGUUGAGGAAGAGGAGGAAGAGGAAGAGAGCCGUUUGAGAACUUUAAUCUGGAGUUUAUUCUGUUUAAGUUUGUCCCGAAGAAAACAGGCACAAAGCUUCGCAAUGUCAUUCCUCCUUGUGUGUGUGUGUGUGUGUGUGUCUGUGUGUCUGUGUGUGUGUGUGUGUGUGUGUGUGUGUGUGUGUGUGUGUGUGUGUGUGUGUGUGUGUGUGUGUGUGUGUGUGUGUGUGUGUGUGUGUCUUUAGGGGAGCACUUCAAAAAGAAACCAACAGGAAGUCUAAUUUAAACCGCCACCCAGAACUGAUGAGAAGUUAUUGAACUUAAAUAUUCUGUUACAUCGGAGCACGGUCCACGUAGUGAAGGUUCUUUAAUUCACUGGAGCCGCAAACAUAAUGGACGAAAGGCCUUCUCCUGGUUUCUGCUCAUUUCUGUUCAGUUUGAAAAUCACUCAGCAGACUGCGAUCAAUCGCUGCGAUCAAUCACUGCGAUCAUUUCUGUUUGUCAGAUUCAAAUCAAUGUGCUUAACGUGCAUCAUGUAAAGAUCGUAUCCACGCUGCACCCUUCCUCCUCUCCUGUACUGAGAUAUGCUACAUGCUAAGCUAACCAUGUUGAAAAUGUUUGAAAGAUAAAAGACACAAAUAUAAUCUUAAAUUAUCUAAAUGUUACCUAACGAGUUAAGUAAUCAGUAACUUAUUGAUGUAAAUGAUCCAGAUAGCUAAUCAAUCACUUCUUACAUCUGCUAACAUUAGCUGGUGUAGAUUAGCUUCAGUUAGCUUUUCUUUUGCUAAUGAUUGUAGAUUAACUAGCUAAUUAGCUAGUGUGUUGCUAACAUUAUCUAAAUUAAGAUGCGAUUAUAUAUCUCGUUUUUAUCUUUUAACCAAAUCUUCUGAAUGUGACUAGCAUAGCAUUGGCUGUGUGGUUCCUGAAGGGGCGGGGCUUAGGAGGAGAUUAUAAUCUGCAGCGUCCAGAUUUAAGUUUUUAUAUAUUUUCUAAUAUUUGAGGUUCACUGGUUUCAGCCGUCUGCUCCUUUUUAUCGAACUGUUGGUGAUUAAAAUCAGACUCUUCUUGGUGUUUUAUUUUGAAAUGCUCCCGUAAACCAGGCGUAUUUCGCUCUUCAGCAGUUUGUUUCUCCGUAUGUUUGAACGGCGUCUUCAUAGCGGCACCGCACUGAGCGUGUGCGUGUGGAUGUGACCCUCAGUCACUCGUUUGACCUCUGACCCCAAAGAAAGCGGUGCGUUAUUGAUUAGUUCUGACACAGUAUGUGUGUGUGUUGGAGGAGGGGGGGGGGGGUGACUGCUCGUUGUUCUUUCUUUCAAAGAUUUGUUUUAUUUUACGAGUAAAUAAAAGCCGCCGUUAGCUUAGCGUGGCGUAACGUGUUCAUCUGUGGAUAUGUGAAUAAUUCCCUCGAUAUUAAAGACGAGCAAACGGGUUCGAUGUGCACAGACUCAGAGGAAAGCUCAACAUGCAAAGUGUAAAAUGCCUAAUGGUCUAUUUUUGUAGAUUUCUUGUUUUUCUGUUUGAAUGUCAGAGUGUGUGUGUGUGUGUGUGUGUGUGUGUGUGUGUGUGUGUGUGUGUGUGUGAAACUACAGUUCAGUCGUCAGAUUUUCUAAAGCGAAGAGUUUCCUUCCAAAAAACGAGCUGCCAACCAGAGAUUUCACUGCAUGUAAUUAUAUAAAUAUUGUAUAUUUUUGGAAAGUCAAACAGGGAAUAUCAGGUCAUUUUUAUCCUCCACCUUUAAUUAUUAAAACAUUGGAUGCAAAGAGUUUUGGAAUGAAACCCUUCACUUAUUGAUUGAUUCUCAUAGAUUAACUGUCAGCUUGCCAAGACUGUUUUUUGUUUUUCACAGUAAGCAACAGGAAGCUCUGUAUGAUGUCUGUUUCCCUCCUGUUCAACACAAACUGUGUGUGUGUGUGUAGGUGGAUGGAUACUGCUUUGUUUGAGUGUGUGUGCAUGAUUUUGUUGAUAAUAUUUUUUAAUAAAGUCAAGUAGAAAUAAA